AUCGAUUAUACUUUUUCAGUUUAAUUUAAUUUUGUUGAAAAAAAAAAACUGCAGCCUAACAACCCUACUUUCUCCUUUCACCGUCUUGGGCUACUCGAGAUUGGAUAUUUGUUUUUCAUAUUUUAUCAGCCCAUUGAAUUGAAAACAUCGGCCUGUUGAGCAAAACCAUUCCCAAACUCAAAAUAACUCUACUUGCCUAAUCACUAGCCAGGCCCGAAUAACUCGCCAAAAAACCUUCAAAAGAAUGUCACCGCAAUCAGCAGCUGAAACACCUUCGACCGCCGUCGCCGCGGCGGAAUUCCCUACCGGCUGGCGGUUCACAUGGGAAGCCCAGUCGCACACUUCAGUACUCCGUUUACUACUAUUCAACCAAAACACGAAGCCCUCAGCCCAAUGCAGAGACCUAAAACUCAGCCUUCUCCCCCAACAAUCUCUCCUUACUGUUUCCUAUACGGACAGCGAAUCCCUAAUGGAGAACUCGGUUCGGAUCCCAGUUCCGCGGGUCUUGGUCGACCCGGAAUCUCCUGUCCAUUUCAAGGCACUCGAUGACCAUAUCGAGGUUAAACUCGUUUUGUUACUUCCUGUUGACCAUCCUCUCGUGUCGGAUUUCGACUCCAUUCUUAGUCUUGAGGAAAAUGGAGAUGGGCUUCGUUCGUUUACGCUGGAUUCUGAUAUAAAGAAGUUAUCUUCAAUGGAGGAGGUGCACCUUUACUGCAGAAAUUGCUCGAAUAAGUUGUCAAAGGGUCUCAGGCAGGCAUUUAAUAUCUCCUUUUGAUGUUUAGUCUAUCAUUCAGUUUUUGAUUUUUUUGGUAUAUCUCCGUGAUUGGAUUUUGAUUAACAAACACUUUGUAGACCACCUUCUAAAUCGUAAACCUUGUAGUUUUUCUUUUACCUUUUUUCCCUUCAGUGGGAACAUUCAUUAUGAACAGCAUUCGGAUUGUAUAAUUCAUAGCAUUGUUUGGAUGAUAUUAUUAUUUAUUCUUCGUGAUGCAUUUUAUGCUUUUAUUCAUCAUAAUUAUUUUUCGCCAUGAUGCAUUUUUGUUAUCUUCAUUGUCUGGAAAAUUGGAUUAGAGUUGUUUUCAUUAUCCUAUUUUGUUAGUAAUAAUUGUUGGUAAAUCCAUCCAGAGUCAUCAUGAAUACUGCAAAGUGCGAAUUAUGACUUUACUUUUGGCUCAAAUUCAACAUCUUUGUUCAAGAGAACAUAGUUUAUGGAGCCAAAGUGGCAAUGCAAACUAUAAGUAAACAUCAAUGUGAUUGCAUUCAUUUUCACAGAGGGUUCAUGUUUACAUCCUAUACUCUUCCCCUGAUAGAUUACCAUGCUAAGAUAAACUUAAAGUGUUGAUGCAGAUGUUUUAAGGAAAUGCCAUCUGCUAACUGGAGGGAUGUUGCUGAUAAUUGGUUUGGGAAUUGUUGUUGCUCGUUUGGAGGUGUGAGCGAGAAGCUGGUUGCAGAAUAUGCAAAAUCCUACACUUGCAGUCCAGGUUUAUGCCUUUUGACCACAACAUCUGUUCUUUUAUGUAAAGAUGAUCUCUUGGGAUGUGAGUUCCCCAAUAUAAACCCAACGCAAAACACUGAGUCUGAUCUAAACUCGCCUAGUGAUAAAGUUUCACCAGAUGGGUUAAAAGCGCGAGCUGGCUGUCUUGUAAAUCAUAGUGAUGAAAAUGGAACUCCAAGAGAUUUAGCAGAUGAAGACAAGAGAUUGUUGAUGAAUGAGAAAGGUGAUAAUUGUAAUAGUGCAACUUGUUGUUCGGGCGGGUUGGGAUCCUCUUCAGAGUUGCUGACUAAUGAAACUAAUGUUAAUCUUCUCGAAAAUCAGAAAGUGUUUCUAGAUGGUUAUCUCGGGAAUGAUUUCAUGAUUAAGUCGUCUGGGCUCUCAAAAGACAUCAACUGGGUCGAGUUUUUAUGCCCACAAUGUUCGUGCCUUGUUGGAUCGUACCCUUGCUGUGAUGAUGGUGUGCCAUUAGAUGGUGGAGUUCGUCUUUUCAAAUGCUAUAUUUCAACUUGCUUGCCAGAAAAUGUACCCAAUGAUGUAUUUAGGAAUCACACUCUGGAGAGAAUGUUUGCUUGCCAAUUGUUGGAAAGUGCAGAGGAUGAAUUAUCGUUCAGAACUAUAAUUCGGGACAUACAAACUAAAUCUCCUGUUUUGCAAAUUGUUCUCUUGAAUCCGAAUACAUGGAGCUGUGCUGGAAGUUUGAACCCUGAAAAACAAGCAUCCAAGUUGAUUAUGCAUCCCAGCAUCAAAGUGUUAUUUUCUGCAUCUGGUCAUGGUGUGGGAUUUGAUUCGAGGAUUUUGGACGACUGGGCGAGAAAGAAUGAAGCCGACGAGAUUUACAUGUUUUCAUCUCAAAUAUGCGAAUUGAUUCAAGUUUUGGAGUUGGCCAAGAGUUUGUCUCCUCCAUCAUGUACGUCUCUACAAGGUUUAUAUUUUUCAUCAAUGAGGAGAUAAAUAGCGUAAUGGUGAAUAGUGAAGUUCCUCCUCGAGGAUAUGGAACAAGAAUACCUUGUGUUUGCAAUGAUAUGCCCUAUGUUUGUUUUUUGUCCAAAACAAAACUUGUGAUUUUUUAGUCUAAAAUGGAACUUUUGAUUGUCUUGCCAAGUUUUGGCUACCAAACAUAGUCUUUGUUCUUCCUAAUAAUGAGUCGGUCAAAAAUGCGGUCACAUUGAGAUUUGCCGACGUAUGAUUUUAUGUUACUGCAAUUGAUUUCCAACAAUAAUUAAGUGCGAAUAUCUGGGACACUUGUACGCCAUUUGUGCCCCAAACCUCAUAUUGAACUAUAUGAAGCCAACUCGACACAAAUAUUUUGUAUGUAUUAUCGAUAUAUGAACAAGUAAUAAUGAAG